CAAGGUCGCUGUCAAUAUCAGAUUGAUACUUUUAACCAUUUCCGCUGAUCAUCAUAUUGAGAUUUUGAUGCCAUCAUGUUUCUGAAAAGAAACACCUGUUUCAUGGUCUUUCUGUUGUGUUCUCUGACUCUGUGGUGCAAGUCGACCAGCGCAGGCUCCAGCUAUCUCAGCCCUUCACAAAAACCUCAGAACAAAGGGAGGUCUUCCAGGGUCGGGCGCCAGCUCAUGGAGCCGCCGGGUCCUCCGGCUGAGGAGAACCACAUCACAAUAAACACUCCCUUUGAGAUUGGCUUCACUGUGAGGGAGCAGGACUUUGAGGAGUACGGCACAGCGCUGCAGGAGGUCAUUCAGCGUCUGCUGGGAAACACAGACCCUGCAGCAGAAUGACCAUCACGACUUUGAAGAUCAUGCACAGGAAUGUAAACGUUGCUGUCCCAAAGCCUUUCAAUGGAAACGUUAUAAGAUAGUGAUCACUCAGCAAUUCAUUUAUAGACAUGACGGUCUCAUUUUCUUCAAAUCUUUGUGUAGUCUUAAACUCAAAUCUCUUCAAAACAUUGUUACUCAAGACUAUGGCCAAUUACAUUAACAAACAGUCCUACUAAGUCUUUUACUACCUGCUGAUGUCAGAGUGAUUAAAAACUCAAUAUAAUGUUAAUCUUCUUAAACUGUUUACAAUGUGAUCUUCAAGAUCAUUUUGGAGUCCUGAACCACAUCCCAGGAUCUGUAUCAGUGAUGGAGUUGGUUCAGCUUUCAUUUUAUGAACUCUUCAUGAAGCUUAGCUGGUUUUAAAGACAAGGUUUAUAAUUUAACAAUAUAAAACUUCAAAUAUAAAGAUUGAAGUUGACAAACUUUAGGUAAAACUAUGGUUUUAUAAGGGUUCCAAUCUCAAAUGUGUAAAAUCAGGUGAAAUAUUUCUAUCAUAGAUACGCUUCAUUAAGUCAUACUGUGUUCUACAGUUUUAAUAUCUGUCAGUAAAGGAAUCAAUCAUCUUCAUACCCGUGUAGUGACCUUAUGUCUUUCAGCUUUAAAAAAACACACAAUCCAUUCUUCUUUUUCAUCUUCAGAGACCCACAUGCUCCUGUAUAAA